AUGGAAGAGCUUGCAGCUGAUGAUUUUGACCCGAGAGCUUUGCUCCAUGCCGAGGACGUCAAAGCGAUGCCGAACGUGAUGUGUUUUGCAGAUGUGGAUUCGUUCGAGGAUCAUCUUCGAAAGAAGGACCCGGAAAUCGUUGCCGAACUUCUAGCGGAAGAAGCGAGACGCGUUCCGACGAUGAUUGCACCGUUUGAGAAGCUUCCUCUUCCGGCGGAGCGCAGGUUGGCACUCAUGGGUGCACCAACUCCAGCAAAGCCUCCUCGUCGUCCUGCCAAGACAUUUCUCUCGGCGAUCGCCAAACACUUGUAUCGUGGCCCGCUGGCUGCACUGUGCUCGUGGGUGGAGCAAAAGGAGAGAGUCGAAGUGAGGAUACGUAGUCGCGAUGGCGUACACAGCGUCUUAGCAGCGACGGUCGUCGCGUUCGAUAAAUUCUGGAAUCUGGCCCUGCAUGACGUCGAUGAAGUGUACUACUGCCCAAAGCGUAUCAGAAAAUUUCGCACUACCUCCAAGCUACCGUUAGAAAUUGUGCCUGCGAAUCUUCGCUACGAACCCGGCCUUAAAGUUUCGUCAAGAAUUCAACAGUUGACUCGGCACUUGCCUCAGCUUUUCGUUAGGGGAGACAACGUAAUUUCAGUUGCAUUGAAAUAG